AUGAGCAACGAAUUGCCCGAAAGAAGGAAAAGCAAGCGCCUUGCGGCGACUUACGAUGAGGCCGAUGGCGAUUUCCAUUUCACACGCGGAUCGAAAUCGAAGCGCGUUAAGAACGCGCAGCCAGAAUCAGAACCGGAGCCGGAGCCCGCACCAUUGCCCCCGAAGAAGUCCGGAAGAGGAAGACCACCAAAGGAACGGGCUGCGGCGGCCGCGCCUGCACCUACGCCCUCUAAGGAACCGGCGGUGAAGAAGACUGCGACUUCGAAGGCGAAAACGCGACGACCACCCAGUUUGGAGGUGCUCGAUGAGGACGAACCACAGUUGGUCGCGCCCGCGCCUAAGCGGACGACGCGCCGCAGUACGCGCAACUCUACAGCCCCAGCGGAGAAACCAGAGGAGAAGCCGGCACCUAGACGAGCAUCGAGACCAGCACCUGUUCCGGAGGAAACUUACGAUGAGGCGGAAGGCUCAGAACCGAUGGACGUUGACAGGCGGUCGACACCGCGCGUCUUGAACGAUUCGGUGGAGUCGGCGAAGAUUGCACUCCCCAUCAGCGACACACCGGUCAUCAAUCGAAACAAGGAGAUGCGGAAAAAGGGAGGCGGAAAUCGAAGGAGCAGCACAGGCAUGCGAGGCCGGAGAGCGAGCUCACUGAUUGAGAGCGGCCACAACGCGAUCCCACACAGGGAGGUCGAGACGGCGGAAUUCUAUAAACAUAUCGAAUCAGAGGGUCUCAUGGAGCCGCGGCGGAUGAGGCAGUUGCUGACCUGGUGCGGCGAGCGAGCAUUAUCGGAGAAGCCGCCGCAUGGGAAAACAGGCUCUAAUGCGGUUCUGGGUGCCCGAUACAUCCAGGAGCAAUUACUCAAAGAUUUUGCGAACAAGUCAGAAUUUUCCGACUGGUUUAGCCGAGAGGAGGGGCCAAAGGUGCCCGUGGUGUACAAGCCUAACCCUCGCAACAUUGAGCACCAGGAGAAGAUUGAACAAUUGGAAGCAAAGGUUAAGAGGUUGAAGGAGGAAAAGAAGAAGUGGCUCGCAUUGAAGAAGUCCCGCACAGAAGCCCCGCCACUAUUCCCUGAUUCAGACCCUGCGCAAACAGCCAUGGCAGACGCAUCAGUACUCGACCCCAGCGAGGCACAGAUGCUCAGUUGGCUCACGAACCCAUCAUCCUCGUUCGACUCCAUCCGCGCCAAGGCACUCGCUAGUCUUCAAAACACACAGGCCACGCUGGAGUUCAAGGUCGACCAACUCGCGGACGGCGUCCACAAGCUCAUGCAGCGGGUCGACACGGCAGGCCGAGAGGCGGAUAAGGUGCUCUCUCUCAGCGCCGCGAGGCUCAAGGAGCGCGAGACGCGGGAGAAGGCCACGGUCGGCACCAAAGAGAUGCCCGUCAUGGAGGUCCUGCGCAGUCUGGGUAGGAUACUUCCCGAGGGCGACACAUGA